AUGACUAUUAGAUUCUACCGUGUGCAGAGUGACGAGUCAUUCACUCAUUGGGACUCCGAUGGCUUCACGGCAAUGGGGCGUUACUGGAUGGACUAUUGCCAUUGGAUUAACCGAGGCAAGAUCGAGUGUCAUCUGAAUUGGAAAGACCGGUCCAUCGAACCUACACCGUUCAUCUCCAUCUUUGACAAUCUGAGAGAUGCCGAACAACGAGCCGAGUUGAUGAGGGCCGGAAAUAACGGCGUAUUUAUUGCAGAAGUUGUUCUUCCUGAUCCCCAACAAUCAACACUAGAGAUCGAUUUUAGCGACAGGAGGGUUGACCUCCCAGCGUUACUGCAUGUCGACGACAAGGGCACUACAACCUUCCUUUCCACGACAGAUAUCAUCAUGUGGGUUCACGACAGCUUCACUGCAACGUACGCACUGCCUUUUAGGCGGAGAACCUUCAUGGGAGCUGUUCGCCUUUCCUUCAAGGCUACCAUCCCAGACACCCUUAAGAAGAUGAGCCGGGAUCUCGAUGUCGACGUUGACCUCGUCCUCCGUCUCUCCUUUCUUCAUGCUGUCUUUGACAUGACGGAAAAUUGCCCCUAG